AUGGCGGUUCAACGGAACGCCGUCAUCAACGCUCCUCCAUACGCCUGCGGACCGCUGCUCGCCGCCGCCGCAGCGCUUCGCUCACAGGAAGAGUCGGAGCUUCAAUCCAGGUCCUCCCGCUACAGAACAAAGGAAGCCGCCCCGCGCGCCGCAGAACUUCCAGCGGAACCAAGUGGACCCGUGACGUCACUGCAGCUCUUUGUCUGUGAGCCGCCUAAAGGGGCUGACAGGGAGGCAUGUGAUCCACCCGGGAGGCAGGAGGAGCAGCAGGAGGAGCAGCAGGAGGAGCAGCAGGAGGAGCAGCAGGAGGAGGAGCAGCAGGAAGCUUCUUUCUCCCCCGCCGCUGUGGAUGCGGCUCUCCGGCUUUUUUCGGGGCUUCUAUCCGGAGGAUGGACUCUGCUUGGAGUUAAAAGUCUGAUUUUGAUCAUUUAGGGGAAAUAAUUCUCUUUUCUUUUCUAAAC